AUGGAAACUUUGGAAGAUAAACGACCAGAAUGGGGCAAAAAAUUAUCACAAAUGGUGCCGAUACCUCAACGGGUCAUUAUGUCUAUAAUGGGAUUUCUUUCCAUAAUUAACAAUUACACGCUACGUAGUUGCAUUUCCGUUACAAUUACACGCUUAGUUUUAGAGCGCAAGUAUUCGAAUGAAACAACAGCUAGUGGAGAAGUUUGUCCAAAACCCGAUAUAACCAUUGAGGAAGAAAAAAUACCGGGUGGCGAAUAUGAUUGGUCACAGGAACUGCAAGGUUACAUACUUGGCUCUUUUUACAUAGGCUAUAUUAUAGGACAUGUACCUGCUGGUUUGCUAGCCGAAAAAUAUGGCGCUAAAUGGGUGUUAGUUUGUGGCAUGUCUACAGUAACGAUAUUAACAUUAUUAACACCCUUAUGCAUCACAUUACUCGGACCGUAUGCUUUAAUUGUGCUACGCAGUGUAAUGGGAUUCGGUGCUGGCUUUUCAUAUCCUUCGUGUAGCGCACUAUUGGCACAUUGGGUACCCGUACAUGAACGUAGUUUACUGGGUGCUUUCAUAAUGGGCGGUGGCCAAAUGGGUACCGUGCUGAGUAAUAGUAUUUCAGGCACUUUACUGCGUUACACUACAUGGCCUUGGGUAUUUUAUACAUUUGGUAUAAUGGCGACGUUAUGGAUUUUGUUUUUUAUAAUGAUGUGCUUUAGUGAUCCAAAUUCGCAUCCCUAUAUCAGUGACAAGGAAAAGGAAUAUCUGCUGAAACAUAUGGGUCGUCUUGGACGUGACCAUAAUUUACCCCCGUUCCCUUGGAUUCCAGUAUUUAAGAGCAAAGAAAUGUGGGUGCUUAUUUUGGCACAAAUCGCGCACGAUUGGGGUUUUUAUGUUAUGUCUUCAUGUUUUCCGAAAUUCUUAAAUGAUGUAUUGCAAUUGCAAAUUCUUAAAACCGGCAUAUAUUCUUCAAUUCCAUUUUUAUUAUUUUGGCUAUCUUCGCUACUCUUGGGAGCAAUAGCAGACUGUAUAAUUAAACGGAAUGUGACACGAGCAACAUGUGUACGCAAAUGGAUGACAUUCAUUGCUGCCACACCUUCUGGGCUCUUCAUGGUUAUAGCAGUAUAUAUUGGUUGCGAUACAGUGUGGAUAAUUUUAUGUUUUUCCAUCUCAAUGGCACUCAUGGGCGGUUUUUAUGCAGGAAUAAAGCUUACUGCGAACGAUAUGACACCCAACUAUUCGGCUACAGUUAUGGCUAUUGUAAACGGUAUAGGUGGCAUUGCUGGAGUACUCGCUCCGUAUUCUGUAGGUUGGAUUACUGUAAAGACUCUGUUACAUGAAUGGCAGGAAGUAUUUUGGUUGGCGCUUGCUAUUCUAACGCUACCCACAAUUCCAUUUUGCAUUUGGGGUACAGCAGAAGUACAAGAAUGGAAUGAACCUCCCAAGAAGGAAUAAUUAUUCUUAUUCAUUACAAAAUUACUGCCACAACCAAUUUGAUUGGAGUAAGAUUGCAAUAAAUUGGUUUCGACGGAGUACAACGUACUUUAUAUUUAAUAAUUAGCAAAUAGUUACCACUACUAGUGACAAUGAAGCCUUCUCCUUGUUAAUUUAUUUCCCCACAUCUAUCACUCGCAAUUUACUCACCUUUACUAAUUUAUAUUUACAUAUUCCUUUGUGGUACAAUUUUUAAUCAAUAAUAAAUAAUU